UCGGUGAGCACACAAAUCAUACAUUCACGCACGCGUACAUGCGCUACUCGUGAGAUAGACUAGUCGCUCAUCCAGCACGGGACUCUAAUCAGGCCGGACGGAUUGCAGAAAUGCUCCCAAAAUAAUUGCUCUUCCCCGCCAAUCUCCGAAUUUUCUCUCUAAAAGAAAGGAAGGCAGGGAUCAUCGAGGAUCUUUUCUGAGUGUCUGAUUGUCCCCCAGCUCUUGGAUUUCUCUCUGUGUGGCGUGGUUUAGCCGUCAAAAAUAUGGCUGGACGAGCGAGCUGGUGGUUUAUGGUUGGGAUCGUGGUCGUUACCGUGCACGGAGGUAACGUGGAAGCCAAAUUCCGCCGUAGUGACAUCCAGAGUGAACCUUGGGCUGAAUUUCCGGUUCACUUUGCCCCGCUGAACAGCCAGUCCGUACUCUUGUCCAAGAUGGCCUGGAAUUCCUCCAGUGUCUUUCCAUCCGGGCCCAAGCCUGGCCAGGGCGGACUCUAUGCUGACCAGAUGGUGGGUGUAGUUGGACCCCAUUCAGGGGCCGUGCGGGCAACCUACGGCCCCUUCGUCGUGGAGGGCAGUCUGGAGAAGCAUGAUAAUGAUUCACAGUCACUUAGCUACGACAUCAUGGCUGAGCUAGCCACACAAGAAUUUGUCUCGCCCCACAGCUCCCGCAUCCAGGUCCUGUUCCUUGUGAGACCGAAGCAUCAGAGUAUGGGGGAACCGAGGACUUUGCCCUGUCUGAGGACAAGAGCCUGGUACGGUGAAUCUGAGGCAGGGGCCAGCUGUUUGCCAUCUGCGCAAUCCCUAUCCUGUUUAGCCCAGAUCGCAGUCCCACCAGCAUGGUGGCGAGAUGUGGAAUCAACUGGUAUCCAGUCUCUCACAGUGUCUUACUCUGUGCACUCACCGUCAAGCUGCUCGCGGGGGACUGAGGACCAGCCAUUGUUCCCCGAGCACAGCUUGGGGAACGUACAGUUUCAGCAGCGCCAAGAAGUCCUGACUACCAUCAAGGAAGACAAGAAUGUUUGGCUGUAUGUGCCAAAGACGGACGUUGCUGUUGGAGAACGUUUUCAGAUUUCAGUGUCUAUUCAUCAAAACUUUACAGCCCCAGGUUGUGUGAUCAGGGCUAAAGCAAGGCGUGGCCUUCGCGUCAUCAACGUCCACCCAACCAAUCAGGACGCCUGGGUCAUCUCAUACAGGGUCAAGCAGAGGGGCGGCUCUGCCAUGGUGACAGUACAGAGGGGUGAAUCCACUGACACCCCACCCACCGCGCACAGUGAAGCCUUGGCAGAUGUCCCCGCAUUCACUGUCGAGUUUGAAGUGGAGAACACCACCUCCAGCUCUCGGCUUGCCAACUGGCGCAUCGACUACGAACAAGAGCAGCACACUACCACCAUCGUCACAACAGUACCUGUGGCCUCCACUUCUGGGCAGUCUGUGAUCCCCGUUGUUUGGGCGGAUGACAUCGUCAACACGGCCGUCCUGGACGGCGAGAGGGUAUCGCUGCCCAUGAGUGUUGUCACAGUGACGCAGUCUGGACAGGUGCAGAACAUCACCGCCUCUGCGCAGUGUACCAGUCUGGAUCCUGAUGUCCUCAAGGUCAAGCAGGACUGCAGUGCCCUCUAUGUGGAUGGGACCGAAACGGGCGGUGCAGUCGGCAAGAAGAUUCGUGUGUCGUUUGCCGGGCAGGAGGUGUACAAGGCAUUCAAGGUCUGGUACCCUGAGUUGCCGCUGGAGGUUGUGCUGUCCGACCCCAAACUGAGCCUGAUCAGAGGGUGGAAGAUCCCAGCUGCUACUCAAAAUCGGUCCAGACGGGAUGCCCAGCAAACGUUGGACUUAGGGGCGGAGACAUUGGGGUUGUUAGGUCCCGGUAACCUCCAACCAGACACCGGAAGGGAUAACACUGCUAAGGGGAAAUGCAAACUGCGGUACCAGCAAGCCAAGGUGGACGUAUACACGAGGUUCUAUGCUCCGCAAGCAAAUACAGUCCCGCGCCUUACCGGUCUUAAGCAGUACUUGUACGGGGACGACAUACGCCAUCAUGUGACUCAUCACACCCGACACCAACUACAAGCUGUAGAUCAAACCAUCAUUCUUGUGGAAGGCACAAGGGUCACAGGUCUGGCAGAAGGGAUGACCCAAAUCCAGGUCAUUGGUCAAGACGGCCAACAGGUGCUGGGCGAGGCUACCAUUGCAGUGUCAGACAACAAAGUGGAAGUGUCUGAGCUCCACGUUGGUCUGGUCUCCGGACUCGCUCUGCAAUCGGUGCCUCUUGCCCCUGAGAACAGUGGGAGAGACCGUAGCCUGACCAGGGUCUCUUCCAACAGGGCACUCUUUGCUGAGUUCCAGGAAGCUAUAAUGGAUGCGAGAUUGGAGUUUGAUGACGGCACGGAAGUGGCGCUGCAGGACGUUGACAUCAAAGACUUCGAGGCCGUCAUCACAACCUUGAACCCAGAGAUGGUCACUAAAAGCCCCGGGUCCACACCCCACCACCCCGCGGUGAUCGCUGUGAGGGAGGGCUCUACCACACUCAUGCUGGAGGUUGCGCUCCCGCCUGAGUGCCAGCGCCGCAAGCGCAAUGGCGCCCUUGCCUUCGACGUCAUCCCCGUCAACGUCUCCUUUGCCGACCGGCCCAAGCAGUGGUGGCCGAGCAGCAUGGACGAGGACUUGCUCGGAAAUGCAGACGGCAGCCACGGACGGAUCCGGCUCACUCCUGAAGCAGCUUCUGUGGAUUAUGGUGUGGUACGCAGUGACUAUGACCCAGACAAGAAGAGACCAAAGCAUGGUGGAGGAGGGGGCGGAGGCACAAAAUCGGAAGGUGGGAUCAUAUCCAUCCCCAUCGACAUUCCAUUUCCUUACGAUCCCGUCGAUGAAUUUGAUCAAGCUGACAACGCUAACAUUGAUGGCUCUGAGGAAGAUACCAGUGAUUAUCCUUACACAGAGGAAUCCCUUAGCCCCUUAGAGAUUGGCAUGUACAUCGUUUUGGGCAUCUUCUGUAUUGCCAUCCUAGCUUUUAUGAUCAACUGCGUUCUCUUCAUGGCACGCUACCGCCGAUCCAAAAAGGUUCCUGAUCCCUUAGGGGGUACCUAUCCCCAGAAUUGGGUCCUGUUUGGGACGGAAUUUGACGGGCGAACUAUGCCUGUGCCCCACCACAACGAGGAGAGCAUCCCAAUGAGGGACUUCCGUGAUGACAGUAACCAUGGCGAUUGUGGCAGCCGGGGUGAGCACACCUGUACGGAGAGCGAGGUGAGCGUGGAACGGCACAGCGUGGAAGAAGACGAGCAGAACAGAGCGUGCCUGGAGGAAGGCGUGCUGGAGGGAAAAAAGAUGGCUGCCAGUGAAGGCAGCAUUCCCCACUGCCACCACGCCUCCUGUGCUGACCUUGAUGACCCGGACUGCUGCAUCACAACUGACAGUCACGAGACUGCAGCGUUCAUUGCAUGCCAGUGUCAAUGCCAAUGCUACACUGACAGCGAUCCCAACGUCAACAAUGACAGCACAGCUGAAGAGCGGGACGACGAAUCUCAGUGCACAGACACUGAGAGGACACCGUUGAACCCUCCAAACCUCCCUCAGGAUCCAAGCAGUACGCCCCUGGCUGGGGCCUGCUGUGACCUCCCAGGCGGGGAUAGGGACACACACAGUGACACACUGGGUGAUGCACUCACUGAAGCACUCUCAGACUCAGAGCUGAGGAUAACAAUUAAUCUUGGGGAGGGGACUGAAUCUGUCCACAGCAGCUUGAAAUCCCAGGAGGUUGAGGAUCUAGACCAAACCUUGGAUUACCUUGACGAUCACCCCAGCACUUGCUGAUAGACAAGCUAGAUUUGCCACUUCGAAAAAAUGGCCAGUCUGUGCUUAGUGUAAAGAUUUGUUCACCAAGUUUUGUGUCAAGAACUUAACACCACUUUGGCAAACAACAACUUUAAACCCUGCUUUACAGUUGCAGCUUUUUAAGAUCUAUGUCAUGUGCGGCAUUAUUGAGUGUUUUGUCACAUUGACACCAACAUGUGGUGUUUUCAGUUUUUCUUAACUCUAGCCCGUUUUUCCCCAAAAGCAAAUUUUAACCGAUUUAGUCUACAUGCUCAGGGGGGUUCCUAGAUUUUUAAAAUAUGGCCUUAAUGUUGGUAAUGAGAGGAAGGGGGCAUUAUUCAUCCAGGCAAGUUUAACGGUUACUGUUGGUUGAGCCUCAGGCACAUUGUCAAUAUUUUAGGCAAAGGGGAAGUCACUCCUAGUUCUUUGGCCAGGGCUAGAGAGGUAAGUGAUUGAACAGGGGCACCUCAAAUUAGUAGAAAAAAGAACUUGGAUCUCUGUACUCGUAAUCAGGCCCAGUUUUUAGACUAAGACUUUGCAUGGGCUCCAGGUGUUUGUUUUUUUUCCUUCAAAUUUUAGACAGUCAUCUCUUAAAAGACACUUGGUGUGAAUUUUAAAAUUAGUUGUUCUCACUGAACCUGGUAUAACUGUUAAACUUACUGUCUUAAAAAAAAAUGUUAACUUUCUGUCAUUUAGCAGCAUUUUCAAAAGUCAGUUGACAGAGUAAAUUAUUCGAAAUACGCCUAUUCCAUUUGAAAAUGUAGGUUUUUUACACUUUGUAAUGAGUAUUUGGCACGCUGUAUCAAGCCAGUAUUAAAAUUAAUCUGUAUUUAAAAAAGCCUGUACAAAGGUAAAUAGUGUAAAUAAUGUACAUAUUUAUUAUUAUAAAAAAAGAAACCAUAUAUAAUUAGAAUUUAACCAAUCUUAAUCAAGGAAUGGAUGAAAACACAAAGCAUUUAAAUAUUUUUAAAAACUUAUAAAUUGUAGUAAUAAAUUGGAAAGAUUUAGGAUUUUUUUAUUCUGCCGAAAAUGUUUUUUUAAAUGGUGCUGAGGUAGAUGUUUUUUCCACUCCUUAUUUUUGAAAUUCAAAGCAUUUUGUCUCGGUGAAAGGAAUAAUACUUGCGGUUAGUAUUCAUCAUGUAACAUUUCAAGGCCAAACAUUCAUAAAAGAUUGUCCAUAUUAUUUGGUUAUGUAAGACUAAGUCACAUGUUCUCAUUGCUUUUCGUAGUCACAUCCCAAAGAGGUUCAUUUGAAACAUAAGUACACAGAACGCUGAAUCAUAAAUCCGUGUUAAAUACACAGUGUGUAUUUUGCAUUAUAAAUGGAAUCAUGCUAAUCAAAUGAAUGUGCUACAUUACCAGUGUUUUUUCUGCUUUGAAUUUAGACUUGCAGAAGCACAAUCUAGUUAUUAAAUUUGGGAAAUUGUUUUAUUAUCAAAUUGACUCAACGAGCAGUCCAAUCGCUACAAUGAUUCUCCCGACUGAAACAAUUUAGAGUCACUGCAAGUGUCUGAACAGGUUAAAUAUUGAUGAUAUGAGGAGUAAUUGGUUGGAAGUUACCGCUUAUACAGCAGUAUAAUGUUUAAAAAGAAAUCAAAACUUACAAACCUUCUCGCAGUGACAUUUUGUAAUUUCAAUUUUUUUAAUUCAAUUUCAGUACCCAUUGUUUAAUUCCUCUAACUGGGUUAUGAAUAUUUUGAAAGGAUUCGCAUUCAUGUCCGCCGAGAGCAAUAAGCUUGUGUCCUAGUUGCAGACUUCGCUCGUUGAUAUUGUUGGAAACACUUCCAUUUUGUCCCUCAGGUUAAAAUGUCGGACAAGUCGUAAUUUGAUUGGAUAUCCAUUUGAAUCCGCACUCCAGAUGAGAUGUUGCCUCUGGAAUGAAUUGACAAAGUUAAAAAUGCCAGUUUUGACGUAAAAAAAGUUUUUAAGUUUUGGUAUGUCACAAAAUUCAACCAACCAAGUCACUUUUUACCCGAGAUAUUUUUCUUGCCAUCUGAUCUUCGCCUAAUGCGUAUUGUUUCAAUAUAAAUUAUGCUAUCUCGCCUUGGUUACUAUUACUUUUAUUAUUUGUAACCAUGUUGUACAAAAUGCCAUGUCAAUUUGUACGAUAAUCCACCGUUGUGUAAUUUUGUAUCAUGGACGAGAAUAUUCAGUUGUAGGAUGUGUUUUCCGUGGACACCAUAAUGGCAUUAGUGAAUAAAAUUAUUCGAAGAAAA